AUGAUUAUUCCCAUAUUCCUUCCGUCGGGAGGGACUUCUGACACGUCGACACACGACAAAAAAACAUACGUCAUUGUUAUUGGCGUUGUCCUUGGCCUUGUAGUGGGCCUUCCAGCCCUCGCCAUCACCAUCGGCUAUCUCACAGCGCCGGUGGAUACCGAUGACUUUAGUUACAAUAACAGCAAGAACAACAACAGCUCCAAGACCAUCACCAGCUCCAAGGGUUUCAACAGAUCCAAGAACAUCAACGACUCCAAGCACUUCGACGGCCCCAGAGACGCCAGGCCUUUCAAGAACUCCGAGAGAUUUGACACAGAGAGUACCCCCAUACAAUACGCUCCGCUCCCAGAGCAGUCCUUCGUUACCCACCUUCCCGCCCCCAGCCUACGCCGUUUCCACAGACAGACCCACCACGAAGGAUGGUUGGACAUACAGUAG